AUGGCGGACCUGCGAUACGAACGGUACCCCGACGGCCACUAUGCCGUCUUCACCAUGGACCGUCCUGACCGGCUGAAUGCGCAGGGGGCGCAGAUGCGGGCGGAAUUGCGGGAGGCGCUGGCCGAGUUCUCGCACGACGACGAGAUGCGGGUGGGCAUCGUCACUGGCGCUGGCCGGGCAUUCUCGGCGGGGGCCGACCUGCGGGAGAUGGCCGAGGGUAGUGGCAGCGUCCGGGCCGGCCAGACUGAGGAGGAGCGGAUCGAGGCAUACCGGGGCAACCAGCCCUUCGGACGCAACCCCAAGCCGUUCAUCGCGGCGGUCAACGGGCUGGCCAUCGGCGCCGGGAUGGAGCGAGCUGCCGACUGCGACAUCCGGAUUGCUGCGACCGAGGCGUACUUCGGGCUGUUCGAGGUUAAGCGGGGCAUACUGGCCAACUACGGCAUCAACCACCUGGCGCGGCUGAUGCCCUUUGGCGAGGCGAUGUACCUGAUGCUGACCGGCGACACACUGAGCGCGGAGGAGGCACAGCGGUUGGGGUUUGUCCACGAGAUGCUGGAGCCGGAGGCGUUGAUGCCCCGGGCGGUGGAGAUCGCGGAGAUGAUCGGGGCCAACGCGCCGCUGGCGGUGCAGGGGACGAAGGCCGUGGCCUCGUUCUGGCGGCGCUAUGGGCUGGAGGAGUCGUAUCGCGUCAACGCCGCGUGGGGACAGCGGGUGCUGAACUCCGACGACGCGCGGGAGGGACCGAGGGCGUUCGCCGAGAAGCGGCCGCCGGAGUGGACGGGGCGGUAG